ACAGGAAGUGGCGUCAGAGGAAAACAUCUGCAUAUGCGGAAGUGUCACUCUCCGUGUGUUUUCUGCGAUGUGUUGUGUGUGAUUGGGAAUUUAUUCAUUUGUUUGUGAUGUCGGUGCUCUACAUGGAUACAUUAAGUCGUAUUUAUGAGCGUUAUCAGGAGUAUGUGAGGUCGAACCCUGCAGCCGCGUCUCAUCUGGAGAGCACUGUUCGCGCGCUGAGUUACCUGAUCGCAGGUCGCUUCUCAGACUCUCAUGAAAUCUCAGAGUUGGUCUACUCAGCAUCUAACCUUCUAGUGCUGCUGAACGAUGGUAUCUUGAGGAAAAAUCUCUCUCGGACAUUGCCUAUGUCUCUCUCUCAACAGAGGCUGUUAACCUGGUUGUCUGUACUGGAAUAUGUGGAGGUUUUCACAGAGAUGGGGGCUGCUAAGCUGUGGGGAGAAGCUGGACGCUGGCUAGUUAUUGUUCUUAUUCAGGUUGCCAAAGCGAUCCUGCGUUGUCUCCUGCUUCUCUGGUACAAAUCAGGCAUCCAGACGUCACCACCUAUAAUUCCUCUGGACAGGGAUUCUCAGCUCUGUAGUCAAGAGAACAAUGCAGAAGAAGACGAUGAGGACACUUCUUUCGUGGGCCAGCGUUCAGGAAGAGUGGUGAGACCACUGGGAAGCGCACCGUCAUUGCAGUCUCGUCUUUGGGGUCUCUCUCGGAAAAACAAAAAAAGUAGGGAUCGAGAAGAGGAGCUCCACUCAAGCCCCACACCUCUGGGUCUGCAGGAAACCAUCGCAGAGUCCCUGUACAUCGCAAGACCGCUUGUGCAUUUGGCCAGUCUUGGGAUUUGUGGAAAAUGUUCCUGGAAACCUUGGAUCAUCUCUGGUCUCUUAGAGAUAACCAGUUUCAGUUUGUUGAGCGACAUCAAGACGCUGAACCGCAGAGAGAGGGCUGAGAUGAGGAGACGGGCCUUCCUUCUCCUCUACUACCUGCUCCGCUCCCCCUUCUAUGACCGAUACUCUGAGACGAAGAUCCUCUUCCUUCUUCGCUUCUUGGCAGAUUAUGUUCCCGGAGUCGGUUUGGUUGCACGUCCACUGAUGGAGUACUUGCCCAUUUGGCAGAAGAUCUACUUUUAUAACUGGGGCUGACGUCAAAGUGAAUCUUUCACAGGUCAGCGCUGCCAAAAUGUUAGCAGAAUGAGAGGAAGCCAUUUAGAGGAUGCGACAGCGACACUCGAGGACUCAAAUCACACCUGUGCCAGAACAUUACCACAUUUAGUUUAGCAGUCAGGGAGUUACAGGUGCACUGCUGGCGUAUGAGAAUAUAUAUCUGGAUAAGGAUUCUCCGAAUGCUGUUUUUGUUGAUCUUUUAGCUUUCGCAAUUUUAUGCAUCUGAGCCACAUUUUUUUGCACUUAUAAACAUCUGUUAUCAAAUGACUUUUGGCCAACCUUCAAGCUCUCCUAUCCCAUAAUCUAUCCCUCAACACGAAUGCCUUCCUUUUAAUUUAGAUGUUUAUUUCCAAGGAGGAUAGUUUUAUUGAACGCAACAAUUGAGUGGCUGAAAUGAAGUCAAUUAGACAGAUUUUUGUUCGUUCUGAUUUGUGCCAUAGAUGAGAUGAAGCUGAAUGUGAUGCUUUUAAUUGUAGCUACAAUGGAAUGAUCCAUCAAAUAUGUAUAAAGGUCCCCCAUCAUUUCACAGGACUCCAAUGAGACUUUUUGUGUGUAAACCAGCAUUAUGAGCGUGUUUAUUCACUGUGAAAUAAACUCAUUCGAGUCUUUGUUU